UCGACACAAUGUGUGUCUAUUUCUAUAUUGUGAUGAUAGUCGCUAUUGUGCUCAUCAUUGUCGUUGUUCUCAUUCAGUUUUUGCAUUUCAAUAAGUGAUCCAUCUCAGUAGCAAUUUGAUGAUAGCAAUUUGACACGCAAGGCCAACCAAACGCGAACACAAUUCGAACUCGAACUCAAACUCAAACUCGAAUAAAAGCCCUCGAUCCAACUGACAUGCAUCGGCAUUCGUCAACUGAAAAUACAAGUGUCAAGAUGCGUCUAAACCUGAGCUACUUCCUCGGGCUCCUCCUCGUGCUGCUCUGCGGCACUGCAAUUGUGAGUGCCAGACCUCAGGGUCCUUGUGGUCCACCGCCCAGCGGACCUCCACCAAGCGGAACUCCACCACCCGGCGGUCCACCUGGCGGUCGCUGUGGACCACCGCCUUCGACCACCGCAUCAUCGGGAUAACCGCAUCGCUCUGACCUGACCCCAGCAAAAGAGUUUCUGGCGCAACCAUGGAUCAAUGAUUUCGUUUUUUUUUUUUCUAUCAAUAGAGUGAAUUUGGAAACCACUAAAACAAAUAUACGUAACUUU